GCCGGGUCGAUUUCCGUUUGAGAAGCAUGUAGAAGGCGGAAACUGCUGCGCUCCCUUUUCGCUCUCCCCUCACUCUCUCCGUUUCAUCGAGGGUUCCAAAUCUAGUGUUCCUCGUUCCAUCAUCCCCUGUUCUUCUCGGGCUCUUGGAUUUGGUCCGGAGAUGGAGCCAAUCGCUUCCGUUCUGGAUACGAUCAAGGGUUUCGUUCAAUCCGGUGAGCAAUUCGUCAAGGGCGCAUUCCAGAGGUGCUUCGAUCCCCACCGCAAGAACCCAAUAGAGAUUUUAAAGCGUUUGCAACGGGAAACAUUUUCUGAUUUGAUGAAGAUAAGAGAUAGACAAGAUAAAGUUGAACGCAUAAUUUCUUCAUUCAUGUCUGGCAAAGGAAGCCCUUUCCAUGAAGCUAGCACACAGUUGAAAGGGAUAAUCAAUGUUGAUGGUGCUUUGCUUUUUCAAGAUGAUCAGCAAGCAUAUCAUGCUCUGGAUAGUUCCAGAAUAAAUACUGGCAUUGAUGCAAGGUUUACUUUUAAGAUUAAUCUUAGACAGAAAGAUGCUUUGUUUGCAGAGUUUGCAUCUCAUCAGAACACGUAUCAUGGCAAUGGAGUUACUGGCAGCCCUCUUGUACUGUCAAAAGUGAUGUAUCUGGCGAGUAUCAGUGACUCGCUGUCUGUGAUUUCAAUACCAUAUGGAGCUACUUGUAAUGAUUUCCUAUAUGAUUCAGAUCAUACACAGGGUGAGUGCCUUACUGUUAGACCACCUUUGUUCAAUUUGUAUCAUGCUUGUGCGGUCGGCUUAUCUGUUAAAACAUCAAAUUUUGCUGCUGGUUUUGCUGAACUGUUCUCUGGUUGGAGAACAGAGAUGGGUCCUGCUAGUCACAGUAAUAAAUUGAGCACGUUUGGGCAAAUAUCCUUUCAAAAUUUUGGAGAAACAAGACUCACACUGUCUGGUGUGUGGCACAUGCCAAGAUCGUUCUCUCUUCCAAUUAGGCUUUGCCGUUGUGGAUCCUGUUCUAAACCAGAUGAAAUGGAGCUAGCAUUUCCUGUCACUGGAAGGCGGUCAACAGGAAGUUCUGGUGGAUCCAUCUAUAUGUCAAUAGAUAUUGAUGAAAGUUCAAAAUUUGGGGUCUGGUUUGAGGUACAGAAAUUAAACCCAACUAUAACAAAGUGGGCUCUCUCCUUGUCUGACAUGCCAGAAAGUGAGAUUGGAUGGGGCAUUACAGUGGAAGGAAGCUCGAAAGGACAAUCUAAUUCAGUUCUGUUGGAGAGUUAUCUAAAUUUUAGUGUGGGCAAAAAAGCCAGUUUGCAGCCAGGUCUGGCCUUUAUCAUUGACGAGAGAAGUCGAGCACCUGCACUGGUGUUUCGGUCUACGUGGUCUUUUUGAAAUUUUUUUUUUUGUUAAUGAAAGCAUAUCAUUAGUCAUGAAAGGUUGGAAAUUACGGUGAUUCUGAGGUUUAGUAGGCACUUAAUCCUCCUGAACCAGGUUAGACUAUUUAUUUGUUUUUCUACA